AUGUCCAAACCGUUCAAGCUCACGCCUGUCAAGAAUGGUCUCAAGGAACCAACGUCAAAUGCCAUCGAGGUCAAGAUGUCUCAGAAGCCUACGCCGGCCACGGACAAGAUCCUCUGGACGUUCGGCAUGAGCGGGUGCGACGCGAUCGCCACGUACAAUGCCAAAACCAAGGUCCGCACGCUCACGCACCUGCCUGGCGGCAACCCGGACGAGACCUGGUUCGAAAAGAUGGUGAAGUACAUCGACCAAGACACCGUCAUUAUACUCGUCGCCGGAGGGUCGGCCACGGGAAAGCAGCACUUUGAAGUCGACCAGAAAAACUAUUACGUAAACGUGAUCACCAAUGGUAUUAAGGCCGCUGGCGGUACACCCACGGAUAUGUACAAGACAUACUUCAGGAACGACGUGAUGCAGCCCAGACACAACAUGAAUGGGUUUGUCUUCCGGCCUGAUGGGAGGUAUGGCCUGCUCAGGCAAGAUGCCACGGGUGCCGACGACGAGGAACCGUAG